UUCACUUCUGCAUUUUGGACUUUCAGUGUCAUUCACGGUGUUUGAACUGCAUAGACCAGCAGAGUCAGAGAGAUUUGACACUGACGGCACAAAGCACAGUGAGUUUGCAAACAUGAGCGACAGACCUCUUGUGAAUGUGGGGAACUGGAUUGCAGCGAACGAGAAUGCCUUCCUGCCACCAGUGUGCAACAAGCUCAUGCACUUUUCCGGGUUGAUCAUCAUGUUUGUUGGAGGUCCCAAUACCAGGAAGGAUUACCAUAUAGAGGAAGGGGAGGAGCUGUUCUACCAGUUGAAGGGGGAUAUGUGUCUGAAGGUGAUAGAAAAUGGGAAACACAAGGAUGUGCACAUCAAGGAGGGACAGAUGUUCCUGCUGCCGGCUCGGAUCCCCCACUCCCCCCAGAGACAGGCCAACACUGUUGGACUGGUGGUGGAGAGGAGACGGCUGCUGACUGAGACGGACUGCCUGAGGUACUAUGUGGACAACACCACCAACCUCCUGUACGAGAAGUGGUUUUACUGUCAGAACCUCGGCACCCAGCUGGUGCCAAUAAUUAAAGAGUUCAUGGCAUCAAAGCAGGCCCAAACAGGAAAGCCUGAUCCAAACGACGUCUUCGGAGAACCUCCGUUCCAGCUGAACACCAUGAACGUGAUGUCCCCUUUCUUCUUCAAAGACUGGCUGGACCAGCACAGGCCUUCCAUCGCCGGCGGCAAUCCCAUCGACAUGUUCGGAGCUCAGUUUGAGACCGAGGUGAUGGUGUUUGGACCCGGGCUGACGGAGACGGCAGUGCGGCAAAGCGAUGUGUGGAUCUGGCAAAUGGAAGGAUCCUCAAGAGUUACCGUGAAGGAGCAAGAGUUCAGUCUUUCUGCGGGCGACAGUUUACUCGUUCCUGAACAGAGCCAGUACCAGUGGCAGAGAGAGGAGGGGACCGUUGCCCUGUUUGUGGUCCAAAACCCUGAGCGGAAGAGAGCCUGAACAUCACACGCCAAGUCAUGCACACAUUACAUAGUAUUUUGUGUAGGCGUGGAGAAGUAUUGAGAAGUACAUACAGGAAGUAUAGGCACUAAUUUUAGUUCAAAGCUAUUUCAGUAUUGAUAAAUACUAUGAGCUAUUGAUACUGAAACAAAAUGUAUGCACAAAUUAUUGUGAAUUGCACUUAAAAUCCAACUGCCCCAAUAAACUGAUACAUAGCGUAGA